GCUCUGGGAGCGCUGUGAUCAGUGGUGCACUAGGAGAGCCGGUAAUCGGCAUCCCUCAGAGGGGACAUGUACACUGAUCAUCAGGGCACUGAUGAUCAGUGUGCCCUGAUGAUCUGUGUAGCCCUAGAAGUGCCACCUGUCAGUGUCCAUCAGUGCUAGCUGUCAGUGCUCAUCCAUACCACAUCAAUGCCACAUUUCAGUGCCAACCAGUGCACAUCAAUGCCACAUAUCAGUUCCCAUCUGAGCUGCCUUUCAGUGUCACCCAUCAGUGCCAGUAAGUGCCACCUAUCAAUGCCAGUCAGUGCCACCUAUCAAUGCUGCCUAUCAGUGUGCAUCAGU